GUACAACCCAUCUCUUUAUCUCUCUCUCUCUGUUCAUCAUCACACUUUCUAGAGACUGCUUCUUCUUCUCUUUCCUUGAAUUUGAUGGCACUGUCUCUUCUCUCCUACGAUGUCUCCGACCUCUGUCUCGGCAAGCCUCCUCUCCGUUGUCUCUCCGCAUCUUCCUCCUCCGUAUCCGACGCCAUCGCUGCCCUCAAAUCCUCUGAAGACAAUUUCCUCUCCGUCUGGAACUGCAAUCACAACGAUGACGUUAUCACAGAAUGCAAGUGCUUGGGGAAAAUAUCAAUGGCUGACGUCAUCUGCCACUUGUCUAAAGACCAUGACCACACUCUCUCUGCCUUAAACGCAUCCGUCUCUGUUCUUCUACCCAAAACUCGUUCCAUUGUCCUCCAUGUUCAACCUUCGUGCAGCUUAAUCAAAGCCAUUGAUCUGAUAAUCCAAGGAGCACAGAAUCUGAUUGUCCCAAUACAGACAAAGCCCUUCACUAAGAAAAGGCAGCACAACGACAACGUGUCGGUCACCACCACCACCCACUCGAACGGACGACGAUUCUGCUGGAUCACACAAGAAGACAUCAUUCAGUUUCUCCUCGGAUCCAUCGCCGCAUUCUCUCCUUUGCCGGCGAUGUCACUCUCUGAUCUCGGUAUCAUCAACAGCACACACACAAUCCUCGCGGUCGAUUACCACUCCUCCGCCUCCGCAGUUGUCUCCGCCAUAUCCAACGCUCUCGCCUGCCAAACUUCUGUCGCAGUGGUCGACGGUGAGGGAGAUGAUGACCCUUUUACGUCUUUGAUCGGAGAAAUAUCCCCAAUGACACUAACUUGCUGCGACGAGACAGCAUCUGCGGCGGUGGCGAUGCUCUCUGCAGGAGAACUGAUGGCGUACAUAGACGGAGCAAAUCCGCCGGAGAGUCUUGUCCAGAUCGUUAGGAACCGUUUGGAGGAUAAAGGAUUGAUGGGUUUGCUCUCGGUUUUCGAUUCUCUCUCACCUUAUUCGACGUCGUCGGGUUACUCGUCGGAGGAAGAAGCUCCAGUGAGGACGUCGUCGACGUAUGGGAGGUCGAUGAGUAGCUCAGCAAGAAUGGCGAGGAAGUCGGAGGCCAUAGUGUGUAACCCGAAGAGCUCGUUAAUGGCGGUGAUGAUCCAAGCGGUUGCUCAUCGAGUGAACUACGCGAUCUUACCUCUCAUGGAAAGGAACUUCUUUAUCAGGUCUGAUGCUCAACGAGCACAUGACAAUGGCUUCAUAGUCAAACAAAAACCUAAUCUCAUCACGGCUCCAACGGGAGGUCAAGCUAAUGAAAGUGGCUGUUUUGAUUGCAACAUUUGUCUAGAUACAGCCCAUGAUCCGGUUGUCACUCUCUGCGGGCACCUUUUCUGCUGGCCUUGCAUUUACAAGUGGUUACAUGUUCAGUUAUCUUCUAUCUCCAUUGAUCAGCACCAGAACAACUGCCCUGUUUGUAAAUCCAACAUUACUAUCACCUCUUUGGUUCCUCUCUAUGGAAGAGGCAUGUCUUCGCUUUCUUCCACGUUUGGCUCCAAAAGACAAGACGCACAGUCUACGGACAUACCUCGCAGACCAGGUCCCUCAACCUUAAACAAUCCAAUCACCUUGGCAUCAUCUCUGAACCCAAGCUUGCAACAUCAAACUCUGUCUCCAUCAUUUCCUAAUCAUCAGUAUUCCCCUCGUGGCUUCACCACGACCGAAUCAACCGACCUUGCCAAUGCUGUAAUGAUGAGUUUCCUCUACCCGGUGAUUGGAAUGUUUGGGGACAUGGUCUACACAAGGAUAUUUGGGACCUUCACAAACACUAUAGCUCAGCCGUACCAAAGUCAGAGGAUGAUGCAACGCGAGAAGUCUCUUAAUCGGGCUGUAAAACUCGAAGUCACUGUGGUAUAACCACUACUGCAGACACCAUUGUUCCGAGUUAGGUCUCAAAUUGCAGGCCAAUAUCUUGUUGUGUAUUACAUAGAUAUCGAUAAAUGUGCUUGUAUCUA